ACACGAAACGAAAUGCUACAAGAAGACAAUACGUGUAUGCAUAUUGGUAGGGCCAAUAAGAUGAUCAAAAACACCAGAAUACUAGGAAGGAAAGCAGGCAGGCAGCGCGGGGCAUUCCUUUAUAAACAGACACGCAGGCAGAACCCGGUCUGAUUGGACAGGCGCUACUAGACUCGUGUGGUGCGUGCUGUCAGACACAAACAGUGUUGUAAAGGGACAUCUACGGAAUACAGUAGCAGUGCACAUCCACUCGGGAGAAGCAACAAAACCGAGAGCGGACCACUGAAAAUGUUUGCAGGCUGGAAGGCAGCGAUGUCUUGAAUGCUUAAGAAGCCUGUUCUUUUCCGUGCAUGCUCCUUAAACAACGUUUUUUCGAGUUCAUACAAUUAAAUGUCAUGCACUGCAAAAGAAUAAAGGACGUGUGAGGCUGUCAAGUUUUCCUCUCUCUGGUUGGGUUGCACAGGAAUAUUCAGUAAAGUCAAUACCGUAGCUGGGAAAGGAUGGGUUCUAGACUAAGCAGACAGAGUAGUCUGGACGAGGACACGAAAUUCUCCAAGAGGAGACGCCAGCAGCGCGAUACGCCCGGGGAAGCCGGCAGGAGUGGACGCCGAGCCAGGGGAGACAUUCUGUUUACAUCCCUGAUCCUGAAAACCGACAAACUGCCGGGGAUGCUGAGGAAGACGAACCCGAGCCCGUAUAUGAGGAGGGUGGGAUGGAUCCGCGACAUUCAGGCGCUUCUUCGGGAAUACAAGGUGGAGCAGGCGGGCGACGUCCUAAAAUUACUGAGAAAGGACUUGGGUUUAGAAGGCACAUCUCUAAAUGAUAUCCUCUACAAGAAUGCUGCCUUUCUUAAUCUGGUUGACCCUAUUUCUCACGAGUUGUUACUGAGCCUCGCUCGCGAUAUACAGUGCCCUAAGAAGGAGCUGGACCCCUCGAAGUCCUCCGAUAAGAUAUGCCGACAGCUGAUUUACCAUCUGACCCCUCACUCCAAGUGGCUCCGUCAGAGCAUGCCGCGCAGGAAGUCACAAGCCUGUCUGAAAACCACCUUGCAGAAGAAGCUCUCCAAUGACUCGGUCGAUCUGUCCGGCAUUCCCCUUUCGAGCAGAGACGUCCACCGGGUGGCGUACUACCUCCAAAACAACGGAGACGCUGUGGCCUCAGUCGAUCUGAGCUUUACCGAGCUGCAUGACGAGAACCUCCGCCUCCUGCUGCCCUUCCUGGGCUCCCUGCCCAAGCUCACCAACCUGGCGCUGAAUGGCAAUCGCCUGACCACUGCCAUCGUCAAAGACCUGACCGAGACCAUGAAGGAACCCAAGAAGUUCCCCAGCCUGGCCUGGAUCGACAUGGGCAACAACGUGGACAUAUUCACCAUGCCCCAGCCCCUGCUGGUAGCCCUGCGCAGACGCUGCAGUCUCAAGAGUAGCUUGCCCACCAUCUACGAGUACACCGAGGGCCAGCCCUAUGACUACCACAUGGAAACCUCCAUCGAGGAGGCCAGUCACUAUGAAGAAGAAGAAGAAGAGGAGGAGGACGAGGAGGAAGAGGAGGACAAGCUGGAAUUGGAGCCUUGGGUACUGACAGAAAAGAGUGUCUCCCAGGGCUUUAUGCUACACUACUGUGAGAGGUGAUUUCAGGUGACUAACUCAAGUAGGUUCCCCUCAGUUUUUAAGUUACCCCACAUCUGGUUGCCUACUUUGGCAAGUAUGAGUUAAUACCAUACAUUUGAAAGCUUGUCCCAACACAGCACCCAUACUUCACAUCCAGAAAACUCAAUACGGUAUAGUCACCUACCGCGUGGUUGAUGGGGCUCCUGGAAGCAAGGCGAGGUUUCAUUGGAGGGUGGAGAGACUUUGAGAAGGUGCUCCCUUUUCUCUGGAAAGUCAGGUGAAGAAAAGCCUGAGAACUUUAGGGUGAAGCUCCAGUGUGAACAGAAGGAUCAGAAGGUUCGAUGUGAGAACAGCAUAGUAGCUGGAUUUAGUUGUGCAUCAGAGACUGAACAAUUUCUACCACCAGGACUGAGCCCGUCUCUUGUCAGUUUGGUCUAGCGGGACAUUGUGUGUGUGUGAGUUCCGUUAAUCUCUCAACAACAGACGUGAAACAAGCUCAACAGACUAUACAGCUGACAAGUCACGUGAAUUACGCAAACUGCAGAGUCGAGGCUUUUUUUCCCCACUUGUACUAGCCCUAGAAAUGUCAAUGAUGGUGCAAAUAUAUACAGUAGUAUGGUAUGGUUUGCCGAUAGCCUUUUCUUAUGAAGUCACAUUAAACAAUGCAAUCAAAAAAUUCUGCAGGAUCUAAAUGAAGGAUAACAUCUAUCAUCGAAGGCUAAAAAUGUUUUUUUAAAGUUGUAGAAUCCUAUAGUCUAUUCCACAUUUCUUUAUAAUAAGAUAUAAAGUCCAGGCAUUUUGAAAGAUUGUUGAAGUUGGGUGAAAUCUGGGGCCAUGAACUAAGAGAAGAACUAAUUAUAUAAAUGUAACAUUUUGUUUAAGAACCUCCUAUUAAACUACCAAUUUAUAGUGAUUACCAUAAUACUUAUUUCAUUUUUACAAUUAUUUACGAGUAAAUCAUUUACAGGCAAAUUGAGAAUGUAAAAAAAAUGUUAGUAACAAAAAAAUGUUCUAAGGCACAGAUUUAAGAUUUAAAUUUAUUUUUCCAGCCUUCACUGUGAUUGAAACAACACUUAAAUAUCUGGUACAGCCCCACAUUGCUCAUGAUCUAUUAUCCAUGACAGUUUUAACUGGGAUUGGCUAUGCUUCUAGUUAUGAGCGACAGUACUUAAGUUUCAUUUCUAUUAUGUAUGCCAACUUUAUCGCAAAAGAGUGUCCUAUGUUUUUUUCUUUUGAUACAGUGCAUGAUUAAAAAAAAAUCUAAGAUACAAGAUAAGAUCAAAUCAGAAAGGAAUGAAAUCCUCACUUGUUACAGUUGCCAGCCAUACAGGCGGACAUGCUCAAGUAGGUCUUAUUUUAGACAAACUUCAGCACCAGUGAAUCCCCAAAUCCUGGUGGUUUUUCUCUGAAGGUCCUGUUAAUUAUGAGGCUGAGCCUGUGUCAUCGCUCACAGCUGCUCAUCCAGAGAGGGCUGCUGAGGGUCUGAUUGUCUUGCGGUGCCUGUGUGAAACCCAGUGAGGAUGGACUGUGCCAACCGAUGAGACAACCUCAGAAUGUAAAUGUACACUCUGUGUCUUACUGCACUGAAAAACAAACCAAAUACCAUCACUGUGAGCCCAAGUUUAAGGAAACACAAUUUAAUACUGUACUUUACAGAGCAUCAGAAAAAGAAAAUACAAGCGCAGGGCUUUUUUUUUCUUAAUAAAACGUCCUCCUAGAUAAGCAUAAGAAACUGGAAACAUGUUUACCAGAUAUGUAUGAGGCUAAAAUCCUUAUUCCAAACCCCAGAAAUGUAGCAUCAUGCAAAAAAUUCUCUAGUAUAAGCGAAUGAAAGAAGGGAAAAAAAAUAGGUUACACAAUUUUGUGUGUGUGCACGUGAACAUGUGUGUAGAUUUGAGUAUCUUAUAGCCUUUUGUGCGAGGUAUUGUUAUUCAUGCGUUUGAAAUGUGCUGUAAGGAAUAUAUUUCAUUGUAUUUUAUGGCUGAACUGUAUGGUUGUAUUUAAAAAAAAAGUUGAUGAGACUGUUAAAUUGGAGUAAACUUGAGUCACUAAGCUGAAGAAAUCUAAUUAUUGCUUGCCGUUUACUGCACAAUUUCAGUAGGGUAGCAGUAAGAUAUGUGUUCUGAGGCUUUCUGUUGUCUUCUAGAUAUCAGCUGCUCUAUAGUUUGCACUACCUCAGGUAUUUAACAGCCUGUUGGUGCUUCGUGUGAGUCAGGUGCUUCGUGUGAGUCACGUUGUUUGGUUAUUUCUUUUAUAGUUUUACAAUUCCUUGUUCAAGUAGAAAUGUUGUUUUCGUUUGCCCUAUAAAUUGGUAUCUGGUGCAAACUUCAGAUAUACAAAGAGGAGCUCAGACCUGCUAAACACUACUUUGAAUUUGUGUUGAUCCACGACUAAGGCGUUGAGCUCUGCACCGUAGGAGACUCAUGCUUGGACGGUAUAUGGUAGUAAACUCAUCAGUGUGAACUCUGAACCUUCGUAUUCAUGCUGAGUACGAAAGAAGCUUUAAGAAACCCAUUUGUGCUUCAAAAAAAACAUCACAAUGAAUGAUGCAAAAAGAAAGAUAACACUUUGAACUUCCAUUUUGGAGUUGUAAAAUGCCAGGAUGAAAUUUCCACCAAUUGUGUCUACAUUAAUCAUAGUUUUAAUAUAUACAGAUAACUAGCAAUCAUACUCAUGAUACAUGCUAAUAAUAUCUAUUGUAUGUGUUAAGAAACUAUGACUCUAUUGGCAUCAUAUAGACAGUACUGUUAAGUGAUCCUUUUUGAUAACUAAACAAAAGGUGUUAAAAUACAUUAGCAAUGUGAGAGCAGUCUUAUACUCAAAUGACAAUGUAGCAUUACAAAUAGCGUCUUCAGAUAUUUAAACUCUCCUACAAGGUACUGACAAGCAGCAGAGCGGAGACAGAUUGGAAGAAUGAAGUACAGAUAGCAAGUGACACCUAACAAAUGGAGCAUACCGGCAGGCAAUGCACUCCCCUGCCAAACUGUGAAGACUGAAACGUUGGAAUUAUCAAACACGUGGAGUAAAAUGCAAAAACUCAGUCCUUUGCGUCUCUAAAACGGGAGAGGCCCAAAACACACUGAUUUCAACGGUUUCUAUUUCCGACUGUGGAACGAAGGGAAGAGUCAAUACCGGCCCUAUUUGUAUGUUGUGUUUUGUUUUUUUAACGGUACCAGGAUACCAAUUUUGUGCACGUCAGCCAUUACUCACUGUGUACUUGUACUGAAACUAAACAAGACAUGUUUGUAGCUUGUUCAAUAAAUAAUUUAAACCGU